CAGGGCUUGAACGAGGAGGGGUUUCGCCUUGAGCAACAGGAUGUUCCCCGGAAGAGGGCACCCAAAUGGUUUCUUCCAUCCCUGCCGUAAGGACAUCAGCCCCUCCGCCUACCCUGACGACUUUCGCAGGGAUGACGAGGGCAUGGGGUGGGCGCCCCAGGACCAUCCGGAGGCAGCCAACUGGGAUUACCGACACGGGAGACGCGAGGAAGGCUUCAGGGACAGGUGGCACUCGCCCUUUUCCCGAGACAUCGAACCCUACCCCGCUGACUUUUACGGGGGUGACAAGGGCGGGUGCUGGGAACCCCAGGACCAUCAGCAGCCAGCCAGGUGGGAGAACCAACCCGGGAGGCACGAGGAAGGCUUCAGGGGUGGUUGGCACUCGCCCUUUUCCCGAGACAUCGAACCCUACCCCGCUGACUUUUACGGGGGUGACAACGGCGGGUGCUGGGCACCCCAGGACCAUCAGCAGCCAGCCAGGUGGGAGAACCAAUCCGGGAUACCUGAGGAAGGCUUCAGGGAUGGGUGGCACUCGGCCACGCCAUCUAACCAGCACUGCCUGGAGUCAAUAUCGAGGGAGGAACAUGGCAACUCCUGGGACAGGGAGCAAGACUUCUUCCCCAGGAAGUACCGUGGCCGUGGCUGGAAGCAUCACCGCGGUCCUUUCCGAGGCGGCUACCGAGGGGAAUUUGCCCCUCACUACCACCGCUUUCAGUCUUACUCUUCCAGAGAAAAGUUCAAGUCGUCCAGGUCGUCGGCCUCCCUGGGAGAUUCCAGCCUCUGCUCUUUUUCCUUCCGCCUGUCGAGUAGAAAGAAAAGUGUUUCUUCUAAGACAGAGAAAGCGAAAUCAGCAGCACCCAAGAAGCCUGGAAAAUCCAAGAAAGACUCCGCAGCUCCAGUGAAAGAACCCAAACCGCCCCAGGUCCAGCCGGAAGCUAGCCAGCCAGCCACAGACCCUUCCAGCCAGGCCGGCUCUGCGCUGGAUACUGAACCCCCAGCUUCACCCGAAACCACAGAGGAUCUUCAUCCCAUGGGAACGGAAGGAAUUGAGCUGGUCCAGCUGGAGGCUGCAGACAAUCACAGCCAGGCUUGCUGCACUCUGGCGACUGACUCAGUCCCGGCUGACACCCCGGAGGAUCUUUGUCUCCCGGAGGAAGAAAUCAAGCUGGUCCAGUUGGAAGCCAGCCACGAAGCCAUAGACCAUCCCAGCCAGGCCGGCUCUGAUCUGCCUGCUGAGCCCCCAGCCCCACCUGAAACUACAGAGGAGCUUCAUCCCAUCAGAACAGAAGAUACUGAGCUGCUCCAGCUGGAAGACAACCUGAAGGCCCCAGAUCUUCUCAACCAGGCUGUCUCUGCUCUAGCUGCUUUACCUCCAAUCUGGUCUGAGAUCACAGAGGAGUUGCCUCCCGUGGGAAAGGAAGAAAUUGAGCUGGAGCAGCUGGCUGCUCAUCAGGAGGACGCAGGCUAUCCUUACCAGGCCUGCUCUGCUCUGGCUACCCCAGCGGAGACCAUGGAGUACCUUCGUUCUGCUGCCAUACUGGCCAGAAAGGAAGAAAUUGAGCUGUCCUACCAGCAGUCCAGCCUGGCCUUUGCUGUGGUGGCCACCACGCUGUUGCACAAGGAGCCCUCCAUGGAGGCGGCGAUGGAGUCUGCGCUGCGGGCCAACCUGCGGCAGGUCGGGGGCCACUGCCUGCAGGAGCUGGAGCGCUUCAUUAGCAGCUACGACUCGGGCUCCGCCCGCUCAUGAGAGGCAGCACAGCGGGAGACGUCUGCUCGAUCUCUGAGCCCGAUGGGGGGGAGGGGGGAGCGCUGCUGGGGACUGGGGCUGGAGCCCCAGCAGCGGUUCUGGCUGGGAUGAGAAACCAGCAGCUAUGGACUUGUGCGGCUGCAGCUGGAGACGAUGGGGUGGGAGCAGAGCCCCAGCGUGGAGGGCUGCAAUCAUGGUGCUGAUGCUGGACAAGGGCAUGGAACGGGAAAGGGGCUGUUGGCUUGAAGUGGCUGGGAGGGUUAGUAAUUUGGGAGGGGAGGAGACGGCCUGGGGGAGGGCCGAGCGGUACUAGGGCCGAAGGGGUCAGUAACCAUGGGGAUGGAUAAGUGGUGCCAGAGGGGCUGGGGUUGUCGGGCGGGGCUGACUGAAACCGACGCUGGGAGUGAUGGGCGACAGCCUCCUCGGGAGAACACUUGCAGCAGUUUCACCUGGCCAGGAUUGGGGCCCCUGAGCCCCAUGGUUUCAUUGAAGGAGAGGAGUCUCCGAAAGUCCCUGCUUGGCUUCCCUGAACUUCGAAAUGUUUGUUUUCUGGAGAAAAUUGUUUUAUCUCUGAAAAAUAAAAUGGCAGGCGGCGGGCAGCGCGCCCCCUGCAGCUGCCCCUGCGCCAUCAGCGUUCCUGUGUCAGUCUGCUCGAGUGUGAAUACAGCCGCUCACUGGCUGAGCCACUGAGGGGAGUUAAUGGAGAAGCUCGUAAAUAAGGCAGCAGCUGUUCGGUUGAGGCCGUUAUACGCUUGUUUCAAAACAUUCAAUUUGGGGUAUUUCUCCCGUAGGAGGGGCUGGCGGCUCGGCUUGGCGCAAGGUGUGAUGCAGGUAGCUACAGGAGGUGGGAUUUUUAAAGGAGCUAAGGGCUGGAUUAUUUUCAAGCCCUCAGCACCCAGUGUGCUGGGCUCCUCGGGAAAUCUCUCCACUUAAUUUUCUGCCUAAAUCAGAGCUGGACUCUUCUAAAAAAUAUGGCCCUAGGCCAGUUUAAUCCUCAGUCCCACGGCAGCUCCUCUCCUCUGUGUUUGCAAUCCUGGACUCCCUACCCAGCUCUGCUGAUGCACCUCGCUCCUGACUUGCAGCUCCCCUGCUCGUCCAUACCUGGGCUCCUUACAUCGGCCCCGCAGCACUCCCAUCCCCUCCUGUUUCAAAACUGUGCUUUGUCCCGCCACCACAUUCCAUGCCAAUGGCUUAGAUCUGGUCCACGUCUAAAAUUUAGGCCGACUCAACCCCCUGGGUAGACGCAGGCAGGCCAACGGAAGGAUUCUUCCACCGAGGUAGCUAUCGCCUCUCGGGGAAGUGCAUUAGCUGCAUCAACGGAAAAAAUUCCUUCCGCGAUUGUGGGAAGCGUCCACACUCCGGUGCUACAGCUGCAGCCCACUACCGCAGCUGUAAUGUAGACAGACCCUGAGUGGAAGGGAAGCCCCUUGCUUUGCUUUGGGCAGCGACUGGAUGCAGGGGCGGCUCUAUGUAUUUUGCUGCCAC